AUGGUUGGCAGCUCCACGACGCACUCCAGCCGAACAAGCCCUGGGUCUUUCAGCACUACUCAGCGCGCUACAUCGGUAUCCUCCAGUAAUUCUUCUCCUCAGUCUUCGUCGCAAGGGCCCUUUGGAGCGCAUAAUGCAAUGUCGACCGACGUGUAUAACUCCGCUGUCUCUCAACCUUCUGCGUCCUUGAGCUCUUCUUUCACCUACCCUUUUUCCCCGAUCGGAACAACAAGCUCGUCCUUCGAUAGCCUAGGCACAAACGGUAUGCGGCUCACUGAUCCCGAUGUCUCACCUCCCAUGAAUGGCUUUCACCGCAUGAGCAAUGGCGCUGCCAUUCUCAUGCGCAGACUGCCCAAAAACACUAGUCGGGAAGCCCUACGGAGCAUGUUCCUCUUCGCGAAAGAUUUUAUCGACGCCGAUUUCGUCCCUUCUGAGUUGCCAGAAGAUAGCAAGUUCCUCUGUGCAGUUGCACGAUUCAACACAGUUGCUGCCGCCGAAGAAGCUCGUGCCAUGCUUGACGGCAAGCCCAACACAAGCAACGAAGCCAACAUGAUUGUUGAAAUGUUUCCGGGACCGCUCCCUAAUCGCCGAAAUACAAUCGACCAUACCGCUAGUCGUGGUAUUUCUGCUCGCCAGUCGUCCCGCUUCAACGGCACUUUCCAGACAAUGACCAUUGGCACUUCCUCUCAGCAAGCCAAUGAAGCGCUUCCAGCUCCUGACACAAACUCUCGACUUCACACACUCUUCUCUCCCCGUUCGCCCAUAGGCAGUGGACUUGGAGAACUCCCGCGCGUGAGUGGCAAGUCAGUCAUCGAUCAAGAUCUCGAUGAGGAGACGGGGGAGUUGCUGAAAGAUCCCGUUGGUUAUGCUCAGAAUGGACAUGUUAACGUUCCCCUCACGCGGCGCUCAACUAACCCUCAAAUACCGACCAGCCGAUUCACCAAUCUGUCAUUAUCCACGAAUGUUACUUCUCCUCCUUUACAAAACUAUUCCAACGGCGCUGGUGGUCGCAUGGGAUUGCCGACACCUUCCAGCGCUCUGCCACCUAAUAUAAGCGGCAACCCUCCUUUUCAUUAUCCUAACCAGCAUAACCCGCGUCAUAGCCUGCCUGCUGCCAAUCCGAACGACUUGAAUCCCCCAUGCAACACACUCUACGUUGGUAAUCUUCCAGCCGACACGCAGGAGGAAGAGCUUAAAGCUCUCUUCUCCAAGCAACGCGGGUAUAAGAGGUUGUGUUUCCGCAACAAGCAGAACGGUCCAAUGUGUUUCGUUGAAUUUGACGAGGUGGCAAUGGCUAGCAAAGCCUUGAACGAUUUGUAUGGGUAUAAGCUAUCCAACAGUGUGAAGACAGGCAUUCGUCUUAGCUUCUCAAAGAAUCCUCUGGGUGUACGGAGUGGACAACCGGGUAGUAGCGUCAAUCCACCGACUCCGCUCAGCCCCCAAACUCCCAUCCAUGGAGCUGCUGGCAUUGGACCCAUUCCAAAUGCCAUGUUUUCCACCGCCAGCGGACCCCCUCCGGGCUUGUCAGCGCCUCCGGGCCUCGGGCUACCCCCUAUGAACGUUCGAAACGGCUCCAUGCCACCACCUCCGAGCUCCCACGUACCAGUUAAUAAUGGCGGCCCGUUUGGGACCAACAAUGGGCUCGGUAUUCGAGCAAAUGGGUUAAAUUCGCUUAACCCCACCCCGUUCGGUGCUGCAAUACCUGGUAAUACUGCAGGUCCUGGCAUGACUGGUUUCAGCGGUGUCUAUCCCGACUAUAUGAUGGGUCGAUGA